GGAGGUGGCCGCGCGGGCCCCCGGCCGCUCUCAGCGGGAGGCCCCGGCCCGGGCGCCGCCGCCCAGCGGCGCCACGAAGGCCGCCAGGAAGGUCAGCGGGACGGCGCGGGCGCCAGGCACAGGAGCGCGGCGAGGCCCGGCGAGGGGCUCCGGAGGUCCUCCCCGCGUAG